CUCCCCUAUUUAUUUCUCUGUGAAGGCCGCAAAGUUUCCCUACAAAAACACACCAUACACACUCUUCCCCUGCCUCCCCUUCACCUCUGCUCCUCUCUCUCUAUCUCUCCCAACACUCCACCAGCCACCUCUUGCUCCACGAAGCCCGCCGCCGCCAUGGCUCGGCCGCAGCAGCGCUUCCGAGGCGUACGCCAGCGCCACUGGGGAUCUUGGGUCUCCGAAAUCCGCCACCCAUUGCUAAAGACUCGAAUAUGGCUAGGCACGUUCGAGACGGCGGAGGACGCGGCAAGGGCGUACGACGCCGCAGCCAGGAUGAUGUGCGGGCCGCGGGCCCGCACAAACUUCGAGUACGGCCCUAGCGAGCCGUACUCGAAGCUGCUGUCAGCGACGCUGAUGGCGAAGCUGCAGAAGUGCCACCUGACGUCACUCAAGAUGUCUAGCAACAAAGCGGUUAGCAGCAAAACAGAGCAGCAGCCCCACAAUCGGACGGCGCAGAAUGGGUUAGAUGAGCAUGGACGGCAGCAGAUGAUGAUCAAGAGCGUUGAAGAUGAUCAGAUUGAGCAGAUGAUUCAAGAGCUGCUUGAUUAUAGCUCCAUUGAGUUAUCCUCUGUUAUGGACAGCUAAUUGUAAUUUUAGUUUUUCUUUUUUACUUUUUUUCUAUGUUAUUUACUUCCACAUAUUUCUUGGCUGUCACUUCUUGUUGUUCAACCCGACAUGGCUCUAUGUAAUUAGAUGGGCCCCAAAAUGUUAGCAAUAAAUUUAUUUUAUCUAA